AUGCUCUCCCUCCGGACGCGUCUGGCCCAGCAUGUCGGCAGCCGGCUUUCCAGCCCGGCGGCCUCGGCUCUCUUCCACUCGUCAAGCUCACCAGCCACAGCUGAUGACAAGCCCAGCCCGCCUUCCGGGGUCCUUCCCCUGCGCAAGGCCCUGGCAUCGGUGGCUCCGCGGAACAUCCCAAUGGCGGAGAUGACCCUGCCCCGGGCCGCGGAACUGACCCAGGCCGAGUAUCGCAUUGGCAUGCAGGGGCGCAUCAAUCGCCAGGCCCGGCGCAAUCGGGCACUGCAGGCGGACGCACGCGCGGCCGCCGCCGCCGCCGCCGAGGGCAAGACCCCCCCGACCCCGAGCGCUGCCGAGUCCGAUGACGCCCCCCGGACCAACGUCAAGGACCAGAUUUUCAGUCGCAUGUUCUCCCAGGACAAGCCGGCCCUGGACAAGCAGCUGAACCCGGACCUCGCGGCCCAGCUGGACCUCCAGCCGGAGGCGCUUUUCUCUCGGCUGUCUAGCAUCGGCACUCGGCCCAGUCAGUCGGAGGCUGCCACCACCGCCACGGAGGCUGCCCCGGCCCCGAAGCCCAAGAAGCAGAGUGCCGCCGCGGCCACCGUGUCCGCCCUCGCGGCGGCCGCUGCGGCCUCUGGCCGAAGUGGCCAGGGCCGCCAGAAGGCUGGGUCUGCCGCACCGGACCCGGCGACACCCCCGCAAUCGCCACAGCCCCAGCCCCCCUUCGCCGAUCAGCAGGCGGACGCCACGCUGCACGUGGAUCCCGAGGCCGACUACCAGCACCCCCGGCUGCGGGACUUCGGCCCGGGCAAGCGCCGACUUUCCAGCCUCAUGCCCAAUCUGCGGUACAUCCCCAUCAGCCGAGACCGCCUGCACCCGAAGCUGGCCGCCCCGAAAUCCACCCCGAUGACCACCAUGAACAGCGUUGUGGUCGGCGGGACGAGCUUCCUCCCGCCCAUGAUGUCCGUGUCGGAUGUGGUCAAGGUGUACGGUCUGCAAGCACGCGCGCAGCUGUCGCAGAACUUCAUCUUCGACAUGAAUGUUUCCGAGAAAAUCAUCCGCUGUAUCCCCGACAUCGAGGGAGCCACCGUCAUCGAGGUCGGGCCAGGCCCCGGCUCGCUUACGCGCUCUCUGCUGAACUCCACGGCCGAGCGGGUCAUCGUUGUGGAGAAGGAUCCGCGUUUCCUGCCGGCUCUCAAGAACCUGGCCGACGCAUCGCGCGGCAAGCUGCACAUCAUUCAUGGCGACAUCCUGGACGCCAAUCGCCUGAUCCUGCCACGUCUACUGGACCACUUCAAUCCCUCCAAGGUCCGACUGGUGGGCAACCUCCCCUUCAACAUUUCAACUCCUCUGCUAUUGAAUUGGCUUCGCAUGCAAUCGUACGGCGCGAAUAUCUUCCGCCCCGGGCGCGAUGUCCGCAUGACGCUCAUGUUCCAGAAGGAGGUGGCCGAUCGACUCGUGUCCGACAUCAAUCGCCGCACGCGCACGCGUCUCUCCUUUUUGGCACAGCACCUGUGCAAGGUCACCAUGCCAUAUGUUCUGCCGCCGGAGGUGUUCGUCCCGGCCCCGAAGGUCUCCGCGGCCGUGGUCAACCUCGAACCACGCCACAACCCGGAAGUCGUGGAUUUCGACCUGCUGGAGUCCCUGCUCAAUACGGUGUACAACCAGCGCCGGAAGGCCAUCCGAAACACUGUCAAGAUCCUGGCCGAGGACCCCCUGCCCUUCCUGGAGGAGAACCACAUCCACCCAAUGAUGCGCCCGGAGCACAUCCCCACGGCAAACAUGUGUGGGCUGGUGAAUUCCCUGGCACAGGCGGGGCUGCUAUCGCCGCGGCCGCGGUCCUCGUCUCGCCUGUACCUGGCCGAUGGCUUCGAUCAGAAUGGCCUGCCUUUGGUGAUGGUCCGGCCGCCGAGCCCGUCCAAGUUGGCGCACGCGGCCGCGCGUGCCCUCCGUCGGGAGGAACAAAUGAAGGCUCUGUCGGACCCGGUGGCGGACCGCAUGCUCAUUGCCGACACUCUGGGCCUGCCGCUGGAGCCCACCCAGCUGCUGGGUCUGGCGCAUGUGGACAGCGACGGCGAGGAGCAUCUGAACCCGGGGCUGCUGCUGGGCAUGGACCCGAUGGAUCCGCGCCUGCCGGCGUACCUGCCGACGCCGGAGGAGCUGGCCUCCCGGGAUGCGGUGCCGAAGCGGCACCUCCCGGCCCCCAAGGGGUAUGCUCACCUGCCUCAUGCGUCGAGCUCGUCGCCAGUGGCGGAGCUGACGUCCGGAGAUGCGGCGAGCCCCACCCUGCUGGACAAGUGAAGCCCCUCUCACAUGGGCGAGGGCGGAGGGCGAGGGGCACCGGUCCAUCACACAGUGGACAUGCCACCGGGGUCCCAGCUCUCCCCCUGUGUGGCGGGGCGGAAGAAGAACCAGCCGGCGGGGAGACGGAGCAACCAUUCCAUAUAGAUACGCGGCAAGACGCCCCUGCCCCUCCUCUCCCCUUACUUCUCCCUUUCCCUCUCUCUCUCUCUC